CCUAUGAAAAUGAAGACCAUUUACUUUGGAAACCUGAGGUGAUCUCAGAAAGUAAAGUUAAAGAAUACCUUUUUGAAACCUCCUUAAGAACAGGAAAUGAAAACAUGAUUGGCAGAAUUCCUGAAGGACUACAUACACGGGACAAUGAACAAGCGCUAUAUGAACUUCUCAAAAGUAGCCAUAAUGUUAAAGAAGCAAUUGAGAGAUACUGCUCAAAUGGAAAGGCAUCUCAGGAAGAGAUGAUAGCAUGGACAGAAGAAGAAUGCAGAAGCUUUGAACAUGCACUUCUGAUUUAUGGAAAAGACUUUCAUCUCAUACAGAAAAACAAGGUAAGAACCAGAACAGUUGCUGAGUGUGUGGCUUUCUAUUACAUGUGGAAAAAGUCAGAACGUUAUGAUUACUUUGCUCAGCAAACAAGAUUUGGAAAGAAGAGAUAUAACCAUCAUCCAGGUGUUACGGACUACAUGGAUCGUUUGGUAGAUGAAGCAGAAGCCCUUGGUGGAGCAGUGCAUUCUUCAGCCUUAACAUCUAAUACUCGAACAGAAACCAAUCCUGAUCAACAGCUAAGCAUUCUGAACUCUAUCACUGCUAAUGAGUUGACAGCAUUGACAAACAGUGUAGCUACAGUCUGCCACAAUUCAGAUGUGAACUGCCCGGAUGAUGCCUUUCCUCCUAUGGACAGUUUACCCCGAGCACCAGUUAAUCAUGUGCCUGUUGGAACAGAAGAAUUGCUUAACUUGCCUAGCAAUGGUGAAAGUGAUUGUUUUAAUUUAUUUGAGACUGGCUUUUAUCAUUCAGAGCUAAACCAAAUGAACAUGUGCAGUGAGGAGACAGAAAGACCUGUGAAGAGAUUGAAAAUGGGAAUUGCUGUCCCAGAAUCUUUCAUGAAUGAUGUCUCUGUAAAUAACCUUGGUGUGGACUUUGAGAACCACACACACCAUAUUACCAGUGCCAAAAUGGCUGUUUCAGUGGCUGACUUCAGCAGUCUAUCUGCAAAUGAGACAAAUGAUUUUAUCAACACCCAUGCUCUUCACCAACAUACUGCCCUUCACUCAGAAUGA